AUGUCGAAUAUGUCGGGGGAUGUCGUAGAACACCUUAAGUUGCUGUUCGAUCGGCCAAACGAACCCUUGAUUACUCCUAAGGGUGACAACAAAGCCGUCUUUCAGCUGUCCGAAAAGCUUGUGCCUCCAGAAUACGCAAACAAUGGCGUCGAAUUAAACGACCGUUUCGGUGACGACGCCACUGAGAAAAUCCCCCUCAAGACCUUGGACUCUUACCCUGCGUUCACAAAGGCAUCACAAUUGCCCAGUGAUGCAGACUUCUCACUCUUCCUGCCAAAACACCAGGAAAUGGCCACUGAAGUCAUUGAUGCUUUCAUGAAUGUACCUCUGAAUCAGCUGCAAGAUUUCCUGUCAACAUGUGUUUACGCGAGAGCAAACCUCAAUCCACAGCUCUUCAACUACUGCUACUCAGUAGCACUGAUGCACCGUGAUGACACCAAGAAUGUGCCAAUCCAGAACUUUGCAGAGACUUUCCCUUCCAAGUUCAUGGACUCCCAAGUGUUCCAGAGAGCCCGUGAGGUGACCGCUGUGUUGCCGCAGAAUGUGCCGCGAAUCCCGAUCAUCAUCCCAAGGGACUACACCGCCACGGAUUUGGAAGAAGAACAUCGUUUAGCUUACUGGCGUGAAGACAUUGGUGUCAACCUACAUCACUGGCAUUGGCAUCUUGUAUACCCGUUCACUGCAUCACAGAGAUCUAUUGUUGCUAAAGAUCGUCGUGGAGAGCUCUUCUUCUACAUGCAUCAACAACUCAUUGCUCGUUACAACUGUGAACGUCUCAACAACUCUCUGAAGAGAGUAAAGAAAUUCAGCAACUGGAGGGAGCCAAUCCCGGAGGCUUACUUCCCGAAGCUGGACAGUCUUACAUCAGCGCGUGGUUGGCCACCACGGCAAGCCAACAUGUACUGGCAAGACUUGAACCGUCCCGUCGACGGACUUAACAUUACCAUCAAUGACAUGGAGAGAUGGAGGAGAAACGUUGAGGAGGCCAUCUCCACUGGUAGGGUGACGAAAGCGGACGGUUCUUCAGCUGAGUUGGACAUCGACACUCUGGGUAACAUGCUGGAGGCCAGCAUCCUGUCCCCUAACAGGGAGCUGUACGGAAGCAUUCACAACAACGGACACAGCUUCGCCGCCUACAUGCACGACCCCACUCACCGUUACCUCGAAAGUUUUGGUGUCAUUGCUGAUGAAGCGACGACCAUGCGUGAUCCCUUCUUCUACCGCUGGCACGCGUGGAUUGACGACACCUGCCAGAGGCACAAGGAGUCUGCGUACGUGCGCCCCUACACUCGCUCAGAGCUUGAGAACCCCGGUGUCCAAGUGACAUCAGUAUCAGUAGAGACUGCUGGUGGCCAGCCCAACACACUCAACACAUUCUGGAUGUCGAGUGAUGUGGACCUUUCAAAAGGUUUGGACUUCUCCGACCGUGGUGCCGUAUACGCCCGUUUCACUCAUCUUAACAACAGACCCUUCCGUUAUGUUAUUAACAUUAACAACACUGGCAGUGCUCGUAGGACAACUGUUCGUAUCUUUAUAGCGCCCAAAUUUGAUGAACGUAACUUGGUUUGGUCUCUCGCCGAUCAACGCAAGAUGUUCAUUGAAAUGGACCGAUUUGUGCAACCAUUGAAUGCCGGUCAAAACACCAUUACCCGCAAUUCCACGGAGUCUUCAGUGACGAUCCCAUUCGAGCAGACCUUCCGUGACCUCUCGCCGCAGGGUAGCGACCCCCGCCGCACCAGUCUUGCCGAGUUUAACUUCUGCGGUUGUGGAUGGCCUCAGCACAUGCUCGUCCCCAAGGGCACUGAAGCUGGAGCUGCCUACCAACUCUUCGUUAUGCUUUCUAACUACGACCUAGACAGCGUGGAUCAACCUGACGGUAACCAACUGAGUUGCGUUGAAGCAUCCAGCUUCUGUGGUUUGAAGGACAAGAAAUACCCUGACCGCCGUUCCAUGGGCUUCCCCUUCGACAGACCAUCAAGCAUUGCUACCAACAUUGAAGACUUCAUCCUACCGAAUAUGGCACUGCAAGAUAUUACCAUCCGCUUGUCUAAUGUUGUGGAACAAAAUCCUAGAAACCCACCAUCAGCAGUUUAA